GCUAUUGUGCGGUGAUCAGUUUUAAUAGUGUAUCACUGUUUUAAUAGAGUGUAUCACUGUUUUUAUGUGUAAAUUGUAUGGUCUGCAGGGAAAAAUAUGAAAAUUUAUAGAAAGGGAAAUCAUGAACAAGUUUAACAACUUAUCAAGACGAGGUGUAUCAAGGACCAACCAUCCACACCAUUCGAGAACAUAUCCUUAAAGUCAUUCGAGUUGUGUGCUCAUAACAUCUCAUUACAAAUAUGGAGAGAGACGGCACAGGCGGCUGUGAUAUUCAUCUAAGCGAUGUCAUUGAAGUCAUUGAAAAUAACGAUCCAAGCUUCAAUAAAUUAACUGAAGGUGCGGGCAAUAAUCUAGAUAAAAACAAAAUGUCUAAGGCAUACGUAGAAAUAGUUGAACAACCUGCAUCAAAAGCUAUGCGAUUUCGUUAUGAAUGUGAAGGACGAUCAGCAGGCUCAAUACCAGGACAAAAUAGUACAUCAGAAAAUAAAACAUUUCCCACGAUACGAGUUGUAGGAUAUGAGGGAAAAGCUGUAGUUGUAGUAUCAUGUGUCACAAAAGAUAAACCAUACAAACCACAUCCUCAUAACUUAGUUGGCAAAGAAGGAUGUAAAAAAGGCGUAUGUACAAUUGAAAUACCCACAGACACAAUGACAGUAACAUUUUCAAAUCUUGGUAUUAGAUGUGUUAAAAAACGUGAUAUUGAAUCGGCGUUACAAACACGAGAAGAAAUUCGUGUAGAUCCAUUUCGAACUGGAUUCGCUCAUCGAAAUCAAGCAUCAUCAAUAGAUUUAAAUGCUGUUCGAUUAUGCUUUCAAGUAUUUUUAAGUACGGAUGGAAAGUCUUUUACGUGUCCUCUACCACCAGUCGUUAGUGAACCUAUUUUCGAUAAGAAAGCUAUGUCAGACUUAGCUAUAUUUCAGUUAAGUACUGAUUAUAGUUCGGUAGCUGGUGGACAAAAAGUACUUCUUUUUUGUGAAAAAGUAACAAAAGAUGACAUUAAUGUACGAUUUUAUGAAGAAAAAAAUGGACAAAUGGUAUGGGAAGGUUUUGCAGAUUUUCAACCAUCAGAUGUACAUCGACAAGUUGGAAUAGCAUUCACAACACCUAAAUAUCAUUCGUUAGAAGUGACAGAACCAGUCAAAGUGUUUAUACAAUUGUUUAGACCAUCGGACAGAGCGUGCAGUGAACCAUUGCCAUUCUUUUUAACACCAUUAGAAUCAGGUAGACCAUCAUAUUGGUCCUUAAGACGUCCAUAUACUAAAAAAGGAGCCUCAGCAUUAAAUGAGAUAUUUAAUAGUAUCUUGGCUGCUGAUAAAAAGACAGCUAAUGAAAAUAAUUUAGUUGAAAUUGUACCAAAUAUUGUUGACAGGGAAGACGAGGAGAAACCAGAUAAUUUAAUCAACGAUCCUAAUUUAAAUGAUGAUUCCAUUCAAAUUGGUGAUCAAUGGAAAAGUCUUAAAGAAAUUGAAAACGAACAUAUUAUUGAAAAUUGGAAUAACAUUUCUGAUAGUCCUUUAGAAAACACUGAACCAAAUAAUAAUAACGAAGAAAAAUCAUUAAAUGAUCUCUUAAAUCAAGUCGCGGAAUUAGAUGAAAUUUACUCUGAAUCACAAGCACGUUUAUUGGAUAAUAAUCCAAUGGAAACGGACGCGAAUCAUAAUACACAAAAUUUUAUCAAAAAUUCGAAUCCAAUGGAUAUAGAUAACGAUUUUGAUGAUACAAAUACUUAUUCAAGUUUACAAUUAGCUUUCAAAAAUCCUAUCGAUAUGUUAGAUAAAUUCGAGGAAAAUAUUAUAUCAGCUCAAAGUCCAGUCAUUGAAAUUGUUUCACAGAAACGAGAAAAUGAUUCGGAAAAAUUACCACCUCUUCCACCAAAACGUGUGAAAAAGCUUGAGACACCACUAUUAGGUCGUCCGUUAUCACAAACAAUAUAUUCUUCAUCAAAUAGUAUUACGCUAAGCACGGAACAAGCGCAAAGUAUAUUAGGAUCGAGUUCAAGCUUAAUCGUUCGUAAACCGGUAUCGCGAUCAGCUUCAUUUAAUGUUGUACGAAAUAAACCAGAAUAUUUGGCCCCACAAAAGAAUUUACCACCGACGCCAAAUAAACACAGUAGUACAACAACGUUACCUAAUCCUAAGAAAAAGGGAUUUUUUACAAAAUUAUUCUCACGUCGGGGUAGUAAAGAAAAAAGUGUCUCGCGUACAAAACUCAAUACAAAUAAUAGUAAUUUAAAUACACCAAAUCGUGGUUCAGUUGCUAGCUUUAAAUCAUUACGGGAUAGUUCAACUGCGGGUAAUAUUUCACUAUCAGGUGGCCAUAUGAAAACGCUAACACCGAAUAGUAAAGAUACACCUGAUGUUAUUCACAUAUCAUUAAAAGGUCCAUUAAAUAGUAAUCCAGAUUCACCUAGUGUAAACGAUGCUUUAAACGAACCAAAAACUCCUACUUCAGAUCAAUUAAACUUAGAUUUAACGGAAGCUGAACAUUAUGCUUUAUAUACAGCUGUUGCUCCGCAUGCAACACAAAGUGAAUUCGAUGAGACUUCAUGCUAUUAUGCGCCUGUCGAAGGGGGUAAAAUAAUGUCUUAAAGUUCAAAUUUUUAAAUUAAUAUUGAAGAUAAUUUUGUACAUAAUUUUAAUUUUCUUAUUGAAAAAUUUAACUCGAUGAAAAAUAGAGAAAAGCUCAAUCAAUAUGGUUACCAUAAUAACGAAUUUAUGAAUAUUAAUAUAGACAUAAAUUACACAAAUAUGAGAUGAAUUAAUAGUUAAAAAAAUGUUCAAGAGAAAUUUUUCACAGUCAGAACUUCAAAUCGCUCAAAAGUGCUUUUAACUAUCUUUAAUUUUUAAAUUAACACGUAAAAAAAAAAAUACAGUAUCUGAACAAAUGGUCAAUAACCAAGAAAGUGAUAAGAUACGCCGAUACAAGGAACAUGAGUCCGGAAACGCUACCCUUCUUAACAACAGGAGUCGAAAACUUUUCAUACAAUAAAAAUUGUUGUAAAACAUUAACUGUUGGUUGUUUUAGGAGUUUCGAUUGGUUAAAAGCCGUUUCGACCAGUUUAGUGUUCUGACUGUAACAUAUCUAUAGAAAUAUUUUCCAAAGAAAAAUUUUUUUUAGAAUUAUUUAUUGAAUCAUAGUAAAAAUAUAAUUAGGGAAUUUACCUCUGUCUCUUAGACUGCACGAAGCUCGAUUAUUCGCCUUCAAGAAUCUAACUAUGUAUCCCUUCUUAAUUUCACAGAAAUUUAUUAAGGCGACCUUAAAAUCAGAUAAACAAUUUUUUUUAAAUUUAAACCUUCCGGAAAGAAUGCAAACUUGAAAACAAACCGUAAAGAAUGAAAACUAAAAUUAAUCUGUUUGUUGACCAUAUGAUAAAUUAUGGCUGAUUCAUAAACUUUUAAUUUGAGAUAA